AUGACUUUGAUGGAUAACAUUUCAGAAGUGACAGAAUUCGUUCUCGUGGGGUUAACAGAUGUCCUAGAGCUUCAGAUCCCUUUAUUUAUCAUCUUUACUCUCAUUUAUCUCACCACUCUGGUUGGGAACUUUCGGAUGAUCAUGUUGAUUCUGUUGGACUCCCGGCUCCACAUUCCCAUGUACUUUUUCCUUGGCAACCUCUCUCUGGUGGACAGUGUUUAUACCUCAGCUGUCACUCCCAAGGUAAUGGUGAAGUUUCUCACGGGAAAUAAGAUCAUAUCCUACAAUGCAUGUGCCACCCAGAUGUUCUUCUUUGCAGCCUUUGCCACUAUUGAAAGUUUCCUCCUGGCCUCAAUGGCUUUGGACCGUCAUGGCACAGUGUGUAAACCUCUGCAUUACACCACAACCAUGACAAGUACUAUGUGUGUCCUGCUAGUCACUGGCUCCUACAUCUGUGGACUCUUUCAGUCCUCCAUCCAUGUUGCUUUUACUUUCCAUCUCUCUUUCUGUCAUUCUAAUGUGGUUAAUCACUUUUUCUGUGACAUUCCACCACUCUUAGCUCUUUCUUGCUCUGAUAUUUACGCAAAUGAGAUUGUGCUCUUCAUAUUGGCAGCAUUUAAUAUCUUUUUCACUCUCUUGAUUGUCUUGAACUCUUAUGUUUUUAUUUUUAUUGCUAUCCUGAGGAUGCAUUCAGCUGAGGGACAAAAGAAGGCCUUUUCCACCUGUGCCUAUCACCUCACUACUGUUUCCGUCUUCUAUGGGACAAUCACCUUUAUGUACUUACAGCCAAGUUCUGUUCAUUCCAUGGACACAGACAAAAUCUCAUCUGUGGUCUACACCAUGGUCAUCCCCAUGCUUAACCCUCUAGUCUAUAGCCUGAGGAACAAAGAAGUCCAGAGUGCAUUCAAGGUGGUUAUUGGAAAAGCAAAGUCUUCAUUGGGCUUAGCCUAUUAUUUAUAA